AUGCAUGAAGCCAUCAUCGAAAACGUGCCCGUGACAAAAAGAGACAUUUAUUAUCGGGACGUACCACUAUUUAAAGAGCAAAGGAUUGUUGAUAAUAUAGUUGACGAUAUCGCUGCAUCCCUGAAACUCGAAAGGUCAGAUCUGAACGUUAGGGCGACUUCCAAGGGCAUAUUCUGUGGGUCGACCUUAAACGUUUACUUGUCAAGCGGCGACGUUAUCCACGGAAACGACUCGGAGGCGUCUCUAAUCCCUAUCGGCGAGGAUGUUGAGACUUUCCGUGUUGAUGAAGACCUAGCAUGGGUUUUGAUUAUCGAAAAAGACGCGGUUUUUCAAACCCUUUGCCAUCUCAAUGCAAGCAAUCAUCCAUUGCUACCAGGGAAAGGCCUUCUGAUUACGGGUAAAGGCUACCCCGACAUGGCCACCCGACAUCUAGUCAAGACACUUUGUGAUGCUCUACCUAAGACAAUUCCAAUAGUGGCGUUGGUCGACGGAGAUCCCUAUGGCUUAGACAUUCUUUCCGUUUACAAAUAUGGAAGUAGCAGGCUGCGUCAUGAAAAUGGGAAACUCGCUGCAAGACGCGUGAAAUGGAUGGGCCUUUGGUCAAGUGAAAUAUCUAGACUGGGCAUUGACAAAGACACUCUCAUACCCAUUUCCCAGCACGACGAGAAGAAGGCUUUAUCAAUGCUUCAACGCCCACAGGAUGUCAUGCCCACAAAAUGGAGGAAAGAGCUCAUGUACAUGCUACACAGUCGUCGCAAGGCCGAAAUCGAAAUUCUCUCUAGUUCCGUCAACUCGUCUCCGGUUUUGGCAUCAGACCCAAUGUUACCUUCUUCGAUUGAAAGCGAAGCGAUGCAACGAAAACCGCUCCUUCACUAUCUGCAUGUCAAACUCUCGCAACUAGUUGCUUCUGCUCAAACACAUUAUGGUCCUUACAAGAUCUUACUUGAGAAACAACCGACAAGGAACAAGAACUACAUCAAGUCAGUUUGA